GCUCCGUACAUAAAUUAAUUGCCCAUCAACAAGCGUAUUCGGAGUCCUCGGAUCUCGUAUUUAAUUGUACGAAACGUCUGCAAACACCAAAGAAAUUCGGACGCGCAGUCUCAAUCAAGGGCAACGAGGCUGAGCACUUGAAACUUGCCUAGCCACAAAUCAUCCAACAGUGCGAACAGUACGAAGCCGUGGGAAAGCUUUCAAAGGUCAUUCAUUUCCCCUAAUCAAAUACUAAUCUUCAAACUGUUAUUUCGCACCAUAUAAUUUAGUGACCAAAAAAUGUCCGUUCGAAUACACCUCGACAAUCCCCACAGCUUUUACACGAAUCUCGAUUUCAUCAGCGGCAGAGUUAUUCUGAAUCUUACAAGUGAUGAAGCGGUUAGCAGGAUAGUUGUGAAGGUCGAGGGGGAGAGCAAAACCCGUCUAUCGAGACCACCCGAAAUGUUAUAUACACAUGGACCCAACAAUCCUCCUGCACUUUAUUCGAGGCGAGAUAGGCAGGAAAUAUGUCAGGAGAACCACAAGAUUCUAUACAAGGUCGCAGAAGUGUUUCCCAACAAAGCAAUCGUCAAUUCAUAUACACUGAGGGCAGGGCAACAUGAAUAUCCUUUCCGCAUCAAGUUGCCUAUCAACAAUGGCUGCCAUGAUCCGGCCUCGCAACAAAUGGGUCCUGGUAGCGGGUUUGGAGGUCUUGGAAUCCAGGGCAUGCAACAGAUGCAGUAUACACAUGUUAAAAAGACAUUACCUCCUUCACUUACUGGAUUUCCGGGAGAAGCCGAGAUAAGAUAUUAUGUCAAAGUUACUGUACAAAGACCCUCAAUGUUUAAGGAGAAUAGAAGAUCAACAAUUGGAUUUAAGUUUCUACCAAUCGAAGCUCCAAGGCCUCCAAAAACUACGAACGAAGCGUUUGCAAAACGGCCGUAUAUGUUCCAAAAUGGAGGACCAGCCUAUGCGAAAAAAGGUCUGUUCUCGAAGAAACCCAAACAGCUAUCAAAUACGUCCCCACAAGGAGAAGUCGAUGCUAGACUACCCAGUCCUCCUAUUUUAACUUGCAAUAAGCCUUUACCAAUGAGGAUUCUCCUUAGAAAAACCGAGACAAGCCCUGAACAUGUAUUUCUCAUGUCUCUGCAAGUAAAUCUGAUCGGUACCACUGAAGUAAAGGCUUCAGAUGUUAUCAGAGUUGAAACAAGUACUUGGGUUGUGAUGAGUUUGACUGGGCUAUCCAUCCCUAUUGGAUCACCAGACGAUCCGAUCGGUACUGAGACAGCCAUAGAUAGUAAAUUGUGGAAUGCAAUCCCUCUACCAAACACCGUUGCCCCUUCAUUUGUCACUUGCAAUCUUGCUCGUCGAUAUGAACUUGAGGCGAGGAUUGGAUUAGGCUAUGGCUACCCAGGAGAAAUUCAGUCGCAAACAAUAUCAAUUCCUCUUAGAUUCAAAAUUGAAAUCUUCUCUGGCAUAGAACCACCAGCGGCACUUUUAGACGCCAUGACAGCUCAUCCCCCUAUUCCAGUAAGACCUCCAGUCAACACAGCUCCGCCACCUUUUGAUCCAGCAUUUCCACCUCAAGUUGGAACGCCAGGGGCACCGGCUCUAGACGAUGCUCCGCCUUCUUAUGAAGAUGCUUUGGCGGAAGAUAUUACCCAGGCGAAUGGCACUUCGAGGCCUGCGUAUAGUGGCGUUACGAACGAAAAUGCGCCGGGCAUCGAUGAGAAGGGGGGUUUGAGUAAUGGGCACCAAAAAGGCGAGGCUUAGUGUACAGGCUGAUAUUGUGGAGAUGGUUAAAUGCCCCUUCGUUCUCAGCGAUGACAAAAAGCAACCAAUCAAGGCGUACAGGAAGUUGUUGAAUCAUUUAAUAUCUAAUAAGCUGCCAAACUAACGAACUUUGGUUGCAUACUUACUAAAUUACGUCGAAGUUCAAAAAUCUAAGCUCCGGGCGGAGUUUAAUAAAAGUCCAGUGCUCACCGAUAUUAAUCAACAUUGUAGUUGUCACGUACUACCGAUACGUCAUGGAAUAUUUAUGAUAUAUCGAGGGAGGUAGCAUUGGAAGACAUGUAAAUAUGCUUCAUUAUGGCAAGGAAAGAAAGGAUACCUAGAGCGUGGAAAAUUCACAGGACAGGCAGACUGGUAAACCAGUACAGCUUUAGGAUGGGGGAAAUCGGAAGAGAGAAAGAGAUGAGAUGUUAAUUACCAAUGAAUUAUGCUUGAAAACGAAACACAAAAUCAUUUGGAGAUACAGAGGGCAAGUGAAGGAGGCUUUAGUUUUCUACUAUAGGUGAGGAUGGGAGAUAUUUUCAACUGUUCAACCAGAGGGAACAUUUGACAUGUACAACUCUUGACCAUCAAAUAAUACUGAAUUUUGGAAGAUGGUGUAUCCA